GGCUCGUACUGCUCUACCGUAUUGGCUUUAAACUCUCCUUGGCGGCGAGAAAUAGUACGCGCUUUAUUUUUUUUUUAGCUUUCUCAAAAAAUCUCUGAAAGAGAUGGAAAACACAAACGGACCUUAAUGUCGCAGCAGAGAGAAAGUCGGACUUCUCUCGGCCUUUGGAAGAGCGCAGACAUUUGUUCGACUCUCCAGCAGGAUAUUUAGCAGGUUGGUCUGACCAUCUUAGCCAGCGAGCAUUUGAAGUCUUCACAGAGAGCUGGAUAUAAAAUUACCUCUCCAAAUAUAAGGACUUAAACUAAGUGGUAUUUUAUUUUGGCACUUAAAAAAAGUCGAUGUACGUUUUGCACCUUCCGUACGUAUAUCUUGAACCAUAUCAUGCCACGUGAGGUGUAAACAGAACGCUCCAGUGUUUGAACUUGUGAGUGGUUGUCAGGAUCUUAAUUCCACAGGUGUGUUGUGCUCUUUCUUCUUGUAUUGAUCACUUCAGCUGUUUAAAGCACACCUCACAGACUGGUGUAAUGGUUGACAUGAUAAAGACGCGUCAAUGUCUGCUCGGUGUACGGACUUUCCUCGGCGUGACGUCCAGAAUAUGGAGCUUCUUCUUAUACAUCCUCAGGAAGCACAUCAGAACGAUAAUCCAGUAUCAAACAGUGCGAUAUGACAUUUUACCGUUGUCACCCAUCUCUAGAAACCGACUCAAUAAUGUGACUCGAAAGAUCCUAGUUUUAGAUCUUGACGAGACGUUGAUACACUCGCAUCACGAUGGAGUUCUCCGACCAACAGUGCGACCUGGCACUCCACCAGACUUCAUCCUUAAAGUGGUAAUAGACAAACACCCAGUCAGAUUCUUUGUACAUAAAAGGCCACAUGUUGACUUCUUCUUGGAGGUGGUCAGUCAGUGGUAUGAGUUAGUAGUGUUUACUGCUAGUAUGGAGAUAUAUGGCUCUGCAGUAGCUGAUAAGCUGGACAACAACAAGGAAAUCCUGAAAAGAAGAUACUACAGACAGCAUUGUACACUGGAUUCAGGUAGUUAUAUUAAAGACCUCUCUGUUGUACAUGAGGACUUAUCAAGUGUAGUGAUUCUUGACAACUCUCCAGGGGCGUAUCGAAGUCAUCCAGAUAAUGCAAUACCUAUAAAGUCAUGGUUUAGUGACCCCAGUGACACAGCACUUCUUAACUUGCUGCCAAUGCUGGAUGCACUAAGAUUCACCGCAGAUGUACGAUCCGUCCUGAGCCGAAAUCUCCAGCAGCAUCGACUCUGGUGAUCAUCCGACUGAAGGCUUUCUUCAAGCCCACCGUAUUUUAUUUUUUUCAACUGCUUCCCUAUCUGACAUCUGCCUGUCCAUUCACCCUAAACUCUGACUUGUCACCUCCCAUCAACAGCCUUAAAAAAAGUGCUAUCAGAAAGGGGAGUCAAUUGUGAACUCAAAACCAAAAUGGUGAUGGAAAAGGCAAACAUUAGGAUGUGUUGGAAGUCAACUUUUUUCCCCCUCUUCUUCAUAAGAGUCUCUGGCUUACAGUUAUGAUUGUAUGUGUGUAUGAGAGGGCCUGGUGCUUUUCUUUUAAAUAUUUGAAGAUAUGGAGUGACUGGAAACUGAGGAAAACAGACCUUUUCGUGAUCUGUCUUCAGUCCCAGCUUUGGGACCUCACUUCAAAAGGUGGCACAAACAGAGGUCUGGUAAAGAGACGAGGUCUCGUAAUUGGCCACCAACACUCUGCCCAUCUAAUAGAUUUCACUGGAAUAACUAUUGAUGACACUGAUUCCAACUGCCCAGUAGAUUUCAGGGUUAUUGUGGUAGAGUUGUAUAUGUUAUUGAGGUACAGUCUUUGAAGACAUUGGUUUUAAUGAUGUAUGUAUGGUAGACCUAUCGCUACUUUGAUGUGGUGAAAAUGUUCAACUUUUUUCUCCAUAUUCUGCAGCAAAUUUUAUUCUGGUCUAUUUUAAUCUUUUAUUCUUGGCAGCAAAUUCAUUUGAAUCAUGAUUAUCAGGGAAGAUAUAUUAUGUGUUUUUGAGAAGCUGAAUGACAGAUUUUAAGCCUUUUUGCUCUUAUUCUUCUCUACAGAAUGUAUUUGAUUAAUCUAUGAAGUCCUACCACUUGGAAGCCUUUUUGCCAUUUUUUUUUUUUUCUCUCUUUUUCCUAAAAAUGUACUAAGGGCAAGACUUGAAUUUAUACUAAUUGUACUGAAGAGAUGGCUGCGCAAACAAACACCCCCUUUUUUUUUAUUUUAUUUUAACUCAAGGCUGCCUUGGUUUCUCUGUGCACCUGUCAUAUAAUGCCAGUUGUAUUCUCAUUUUACACUUGAUAAGUCUCAAGGCAGCCACUUCAUAAGUCUACCAAUUAGAGUGCCCAUGCUGACCCCUGUCCCCUGCCGAAAGCACCUACAAUGGGCAUGUGAGCGUCAGAACUGGACCAUGGAGCGAUGGAAGAAGGAUACCUGGUCUGAUGAAUCACAGGUUUGUCGUUUACCUGGGAAAGAAAUGGGAGCAGGAUGCACUAUAGGAAGAAGGCAGGCCGGUGGAGGCAGUGUGAUGCUCUGGGCAAUGUUCUUCUGGGAAACCUUGGGUCCUGGCAUUCAUGUGGAUGUUACUUUGACACAUACCACCUACCUAAAGAUUGUUGCAGACUACGUACAACCCUUCAUGGCAACGGUAUUCCCUGAUGGCUUUGUCCUCUAUCAGGAGGAUAAUGCGCCCUGCCACACUGCAAAAAUUGUUCAGGAAUUGUUUGAGGAACAUAUCAAAGAGUUGAAGGUGUUGAAUUGGUCUCAAUCUGAUUGAGCAUCUACAGGAUUUGCUGGACCAACAAGUCCGAUCCAUGGAGGCCCCACCUCACAACUUACAGGAUCUGCUGCUAACGUCUUGGUGCCAGAUACCACAGAACACCUUCAGAGGUCUUGUGGAGUCCAUGCCUCGAGGGGUCAGAGCUGUUUUGGCGGCACGAGGGGGACCUACACAAUAUUAGGCAGGUGGGAUAAUAUUGUGGCUGAUUGGUGUGUAAUGCGUUCCAUUUCUUUUACUAAAAUGCCUUUUAUGUCAUUGUUCUCACAAUCAUAGUAAAAACUGAAAAUGUCAGUGAUUUUUAAAAUUGAUUUCCAGGGCAGGAAAUGUCAUGAAAGAUACUAUAGGGAAUAUAAAUAUCUAAAAUAUGUAAUGGGCUAGAUAUUGCUCUUGGUAAAGUAAAAUGUGUUGCAAGCCACCAUUAUAACACUGGUCUGUUCACAGUACAGAUGUUAACUGGAUGCCUAGCUUGAUUAGGCUGGUUGAGUGAUUUUAGAGGGGUUUGGGCACUUUUUAGCUGGUCAGGCUAGAGGAACAACUGGUAACCCCCUGAGCACCAGAUGGCUGGAAGACGAUCUUAAACCAGCUAGAACCACAAUAUGUUAUUAAAGACAUUUAUUUACUACUUUCCAAGUAUAAUCCUUUAAAAAUAUAAAUUCCAAAGAUUGGUACGUGGCAUAUAAUUGGAAAUAUGUCCAGCUCUUUCAGUAAAAAGUGAAUCUUUAUCCAGUAGUCAUGAACAACUGGAAAAGUCAUGCAAAUGUAUUGGUCUACAAUGUUGGAAACGCUGUUAUAAAUUUGUUGUGAAACAACAAAUGUCCUCUUAAGGUAGGCGUGUGCCUUUACAAAAUGCUAAUUACACUUUUAAUAUGUAAAAGUAUUUUAACCAGUACAGGACUGUCGUGUA